GGUAGACGAAGGUUAUGUUGAUGUUUACCGUUUGCAUGUAUUCUUGAAAUAUGAAUUCUGAUUCUGAUGUAAAAUAUUAAAAAAUACAUCAAAUUUAUAAAAAUGUUUUCAAUUUGUCGACAAAACCAUCCUGCUACAGCUGUAGAACAUGCAAUUUCGUGUUAUUUUUUUAACAAGGUAGAAAAAUGUUUGGUCACAGCAGGCGCUAAUGUUCUGAAAAUAUACAAAUUAGUUCCUGAUAUAGAUUCUCGACUGAGAUCAGAAAGAUAUUCUGAAUUUUAUCCUCCAAAAUCGAAGCUAGAAUGUGUAGCUCAUUACACACUCUUUGGCAAUAUUAUGUCAAUCCAAAGUGUUUCUUUGACAAGUUGUCAAAGAGAUGCAUUGCUUUUGGGUUUUUCAGAUGCAAAACUUUCUGUAGUGGAGUAUGAUCCUGAAAACCAUGACCUAAGGACCUUAAGUUUGCAUUAUUUUGAAGAAGAUGAUAUGAAGGAUGGUUGGACACAUCAUCAUCAUGUUCCCCUAAUUCGUGUAGAUCCUGAAAAUAGAUGUGCCGUGAUGACAGUGUUUGGUAGAAAAUUGGUAGUUUUACCUUUUCGAAGGGAUACUUCAAUAGAUGACAGUGAUGGUGAUGUUAAACCUAUGGCUUCAAACACUAGCACUGCUAAAGCUCCAAUUCUUGCAUCUUACAUGAUCCUGUUGAAAGAUUUUCUUGAAAAGAUUGAUAACAUAAUUGAUAUACAAUUUCUUCACGGAUAUUAUGAACCAACAUUGUUGAUUUUAUAUGAACCACUUAAGACUUUUUCUGGGAGAGUGGCUGUUAGAUCCGAUACCUGCGCAAUGUCAGCAAUUUCUUUGAAUUUACAGCAGAAAGUCCAUCCUGUCAUUUGGAGUGUUGCUAAUUUACCAUUUGAUUGUGUCAAAGCAGUGCCUAUCAAGAAGCCUAUUGGUGGAACAUUAAUCAUGGCUAUAAAUUCUUUGAUAUAUCUGAAUCAAAGUAUACCACCCUAUGGAGUGUCAUUAAACAGCAUUGCUGACAAUUCUUCAAAUUUUCCAUUAAAACCACAGGAGGAUAUCAAAAUAACUUUGGAUUGUGCUCAAAUUGGUUUCUUAGAAGAAGACACGCUAGUAUUAUCCUUAAAAGGUGGUGAAUUGUAUGUCUUAACCCUCUUGGCUGAUAGUAUGAGGUACAUUAGAAGUUUUCAUUUUGAAAAAGCUGCUGCUAGUGUCCUAACUACUUGUAUUUGCAUAUGUGAGAACAACUUCUUAUUUUUGGGCUCUCGUCUUGGCAAUUCUCUACUUCUAAGGUUUACCGAAAAAGCGAAUGAAGUAAUAACAUUGGAUGAUAACGAUGAACCAUCCAAUAAAAGAUCACGUACUGACAAAUCGGACAGAACACUAGAUUCUCUUACCGACUGUAUGGCCAGUGAUGUGUUAGAUAUUCGAGAUCCGGAGGAAUUGGAAGUGUAUGGUACCCAGAAACAAGCUGGUAUUCAGAUAUCAAGCUAUAUAUUUGAAGUGUGUGACAGUUUCCUUAACAUAGGACCUUGUGGCAAUAUGUCAAUUGGGGAACCAGCAUUUUUGAGUGAAGAAUUCAACGAUAACGUCGAUCUGAAUCUGGAAUUAGUAACUACAGCUGGUUACGGAAAAAAUGGUGCGCUUUGUGUGCUACAAAAAAAUAUUAGACCACAAAUUGUCACGACAUUUACACUACCGGGAUGUUCCAAUAUGUGGACUGUGAAAAGUGGAGAUGACCAGCAUGCAUUUUUGAUAUUAAGUCAGGAAGAUGGAACGAUGAUCCUACAAACUGGUCAAGAAAUUAACGAAAUCGACAACACUGGCUUUGCAACUCACGGACCAACAGUGUAUGCCGGUAACUUGGGUAAUAACAAAUAUAUUGUCCAAGUAACGACAGUGGCUGUCAGGCUGUUACAAGGUGCGAAUCAACUACAACACGUCCCUAUGGAUUUGGGCUCGCCUAUCGUACACAUUUCCAGUGCCGAUCCGUACAUUUCUCUGAUGACGUCAGACGGGCAAGUCAUUACGUUGAUGUUGAGAGAGACUAGAGGGGCGGCUAAGUUGGUUGUUAGUAAAUCCACUCUAUCAAAUAAUCCUCCUGUAUCCACUAUAUGUAUGUACAAAGACACAUCAGGUUUAUUCACAAAUAAAAUCCCUGAAGAAUUCGUCCAAGUUCCGGCACAUGUAAUAAGAGAAUAUGAAUAUAAAUCCGAAAUUGAAAAUGAAGACGAUCUAUUAUAUGGUGAGGGUGACUUUAAGAUGCCUUCAUUAACAAUGGCACCCCCAAAACCGAAGGUUUACUACAAUUGGUGGAAGAAAUACAUGACUCCAAAUAAGCCUACCUUCUGGCUAUUCGUUGUCAGAGACAAUUCCAAUUUGGAAAUUUAUUCCAUACCUGAUUUCAAGUUAUGUUUUUUCGUUGCUAAUCUUUGUUUUGGAUAUAAGGUAUUAGUAGAUAGUUUAGAAUCUGUAAAUGCUCUCACAACUCCAUCUCCUAACGACAACCAGUUCCAAGACUUAUACCAAGUAAAAGAACUCUUGAUGGUAGGCUUAGGAAACAAUGGAUCGAGGCCAGUGUUGCUGGUACGUCUUCAGAAAGAUUUAUAUAUCUACGAAGUAUUUAGAUUUCCCAGAGGAAAUUUGAAAUUAAGAUUCAAGAAGAUGAAGCAUAAUAUUUUAUACAGUCCUAACGUGGAUACCGGUGUCGAAACUGAAAAUUCCGAUUAUUUUGCUCUACAAGAGAAGAUUAUGCGGUUAAGAUAUUUCGAUAAUAUUGCUGGCUAUAACGGGGUAUUUAUUUGCGGAGCAAAUCCUCACUGGCUCUUUUUGACGUCUCGAGGAGAACUAAGGACGCAUCCGAUGGUGAUUGAUGGUGAAAUUUUCAGCUUUGCUCAGUUCAAUAAUAUUAACUGUCCACAAGGUUUUCUGUAUUUUAACAAAAAGUCAGAACUUAGAAUCGGUGUGUUACCAACACAUUUAACUUACGAUGCUCCUUGGCCUGUAAGAAAAGUACCGUUAAGAUGUACCCCACACUUUGUAACAUACCACUUGGAAUCUAAAACCUAUUGCCUGGUAACGAGUAUUGCAGAACCAUCAAAUCAGUAUUACAAGUUCAAUGGUGAAGAUAAGGAACUGUCGAUUGAAGAGAAAGGCGAUAGAUUUCCAUAUCCAUGUCAAGAAAUAUUCAGUUUGUGUCUAUUUUCUCCGGUUUCAUGGGACAUAAUUCCAAAUACAAAACUCGAUUUGGAGGAAUGGGAACAUGUGAACUGCUUAAAGAAUGUAUCCCUUGCUUAUGAAGGUACCCGUUCUGGUCUUAAGGGAUACAUCGCAGUUGGAACGAAUUAUAAUUACGGGGAGGACAUUACGUCGAGAGGAAGGAUUUUGAUAUACGAUAUUAUAGAAGUAGUACCUGAACCAGGUCAGCCAUUGACCAAAAACAAAUUUAAGGAAAUUUACGCCAAAGAUCAGAAGGGACCAGUAACUGCUCUCUCGCAAGUGAAAGGUUUCCUUGUGUCAGCAGUGGGACAAAAGAUAUAUAUUUGGCAACUCAAAGAUAACGAUUUAAUUGGAGUAGCAUUUAUAGAUACACAAGUCUAUACGCAUCAAAUACUUACUAUUAAAAGUUUGCUUUUGGUUGGUGAUGUCUACAAAUCUAUAGCGUUGUUAAGGUUUCAAGAAGAGUACCGAACACUGUCAAUGGUGUCUAGAGAUUUUAAACCAAACGAAGUGUAUUCAAUAGAAUACAUGAUAGAUAAUUCGUCACUAGGAUUUCUGGUCUCAGAUGGAGAGAAAAAUCUAGCCAUGUAUAUGUAUCAACCAGAAUCAAGAGAAUCUUUAGGAGGUCAAAGACUAUUAAGGAAGGCAGAUUUCCAUUUAGGUCAAACUGUCAACACAUUCUUUAAAAUUAAAUGUAAACUAGGUGAACUAGGCGAUGAUAAAAAGCAUUUUUCUGGAGCAGAUAGAAGGUUUAUUACAAUGUUUGCUACUUUGGAUGGAGGUAUAGGAUACAUUAUGCCAGUUCCAGAGAAAACAUAUCGUCGUUUACUUAUGUUGCAAAAUGUACUAGUUUCUCAAGGAGCUCAUAUUGCCGGUCUAAAUCCCAAGGCUUUCAGGACAUUUAAAAGUUGGAGAAAACUACAAAGUAACCCAGCUAGAUCUAUAAUCGAUGGGGAUUUAGUGUGGAAUUUCCUAAAUCUUUCGCUAACAGAAAAGUCAGAGGUUUCAAAAAAAAUUGGUACUAAAAUGGAAGAACUUGUUGAAGACCUUACAGAUAUACAUAAGCUCACAAAUCAUUUUUAGAAUAAGUUUAGUUUUGUAAUUUGAAUAAUACAGUGUUUAUAAU